AAUAUACGAUACAGAUAUUCUGUGUUUUCCUACAAAAAUUUAAUACAUUUAUUUAACAAAAAUAAAGAAAUAUAUAAUUUGAAAAGCAGUCAGAACGAACAACAGAUAAAAGAUGAUAGCAAAUGUACCUAGUGAAAGUGACGAAGGAGAAAUAAAAUCAGAUUUUGAAGAAGAUUUUCAACAUGAAUUACAGGAUUUCCCUCAUGUAUUAAGGUUUAUUCAACGAAUGCAUGAUCAUAUAAAGAAACAAAACAAAAAGAUCACUAAGUUAAGAAAUAAACUUAAAGAAUAUAAAAAUCAAAAAUUAUGUCAGACCAAAACAUUGAUCGAUUAUGGAACACAAACAAAUCCUUUGGAAUAUGAAAAGGAAUUAGGUGUUUCACAAAAUUGGAGUAGUGGUAACGAUAAACCUUCAGCUAGUUUUGUAGAGCAAGUUAAAGAAGCAGCCGAAUCAGCUUUAUUACAAACUGGUUUUGUAUACGAAGAAACUUCGGGUUUAUAUUAUGAUUAUAACAGUGGAUAUUAUUAUGAUGCGAAACAAGGUUUAUAUUAUGAUGGCAAUUCGGGUACAUAUUACUAUUACGAUGAAACAAGUGGUACAUAUCAAUUUCACAGUCAAGCACAAGUAACUGUAAAUGAAGCAGCUUCGCAUGUACAAAGCAAGAAGGAGCAGAAGACUAGAAAGGCAACGAAGGAUGAGGGGAAAAAGUGCAAACUUGCGAAAAGGGAAGAACAAUCAGAAGAUAAUGAACUUGAGGAGGGUGAAUGCUCAAGCGACGAUAACGACAGCAGUAUUAAUGACAUUACUCCAGAAUUAUGUACUAGUAGUGACAGUGAUCAUGAAGAAGACCAAGAUUUAGCCAAAACUUAUCCACCAUGUAUGAGGAUUAUAGUUAAAGAAACCAAUUUGCCAAAGUUAAAAGUUGGAAAUCUUUUUCUUGUUGCAUACACGGGUGGUUCGAUUGGUCGAGAAGGUGAUCAUUCUGUAGUUAUACCGGAGAUAAACGUUAGUAAACAUCAUGCUCGAUUUGUGUAUAACGAAGAGAAAAAGAUAUAUGAAAUCAUAGAUUUGGGAUCAAGAAAUGGUACAUUUCUGAAUGGAAAGAGACUAUCUGUAGCCAAACAAGAAUCCGAACCUCACGAAGUUUCGCACGGUUCAAUUAUACAAAUUGGUACUACAAAAUUAUUGUGUCAUAUUCACAAUGGGAACGAAACUUGCGGCCACUGCGAGCCAGGUCUCGUUCAGCAGAAUAAUAAUACGGAAGAGAAUAAAACUUCUAAGAAAGACCUUCAUAAACAAGAGUUGAAACGAUUGAAACACAAAUUCGGCAUUGAGAAGGAUAAUGUCGCAACUGCCAGUCAAUUAGCAACGGGAUAUCAAGAUAGAGCACAGAGUAGGAGACAGUGCAUCGGUUCGUUGAAUCAUCAUGCGAAAACACAACAAAGUUCAGUGGACAUUUCUAUAGCAAAAGACAAUAGAGGAUUCAAACUUUUAUCAAAAAUGGGCUGGAUGGAGGGACAGUCAUUAGGAAAGGAAGGCGAUGGUCCUACGGAACCGGUAUCAUUGACGAAUAAUCCAAGCAAAACCGGUCUCGGUGCAACGAGUGAAUUUCCUACAAUCGAGCUAGAUUCAACCACGGAAAAGAAGCAGGCUUUAUGGCGAAAGACCCAGCAACGUUACAAAGAAAUAACCGACUAAGCGAAAUAAUUAUACUCUGAAUAUUUAUCUUGAAAGGAUAAAAAUUAUAUAUGUUCACUUUGCAAUCGCACAUAUUUUCUAUAAUGCGUCAUACGGAGCGAAGGAAGUUACGUUCUCUCGCUGGAAGGAGUAAUUUUGCAAAAUAAUAGAGAAUUGUACAUAAAAGAGGAAUUUAAUCAAUAGUAAUAUACGGAAUUAUGCUCAUUACAGAACUAACGACUGCUUCAUGUAGGAUACAAAUUUACAGUUGAAUAUUUAUUUAUGUAUUAAAUAUUAUGUAACUGUUUUAUUGCCUAUCAACUAUUUUUAUAUAGAUUAAUGUUGAUGAAUGAAAUAAUUAAAUGAUCUGAAAUU